AUGGUGUUUUUAUUUGCAAUUGCCAUAGUUGAUGUGGAGAGGCAUGCUAGAGAUUUCAUGGAGGCUGCCAAGAAGCUUCAGUUAUACUUCAUUGGCUUGCAACGUGAGGAUCAACCAACCAAAGUUGAAAUGCUCAUAAAAGAGAUUGCAACAGUGGAAGAAGAAUUGAAAAUGAAGUCCGAGAUCAUCAAGAAUCAGGAGAGACUGAUUCAAGGAUGGAGAAAGGAUUUGAGUGACCAACUGGUUAAACACAAUACUGAACUGGAGAGAGUAUAGCCGAGUAGAAUUAAGCAUUAAUGAUAUGCUAAUCUCUUGGAUUAUAGUUCGUUUGAGAUUGAUCCAACCUAGGGUCUAGCUUC